GCUAGGGCUGCAUAAAACUGAGCUUGGCCUCAGCUCUCAGCCAUACACCUUCCUGACAACAUGAGGUCCAGAAGCUUCUUGGUCCUGGUGGUGGUAUUCCUCAUCUGCGAGACACUAGUGGCGCAGAGACUUGACAGAAUACGUGGUCCUAAAAGUCAAGGCCAAGAUCCUGUUGAGGGUCAAGACCACGACGAAGGUCAAGGUCCAGUCAAAGUUGAAAUUCUAGACAUAGGACAAGAUCUAGUCAAAGGUCAAGAUCCAGUCAAGGGUCAAGAUCCAGUCAAGGGUCAAGAUCCAGUCAAGGGUCAAGAUCUAGUCAAAAGUCAAGAUCCAGUCACAGCUGAACUUCCAGACAUAGGACAGGAUGUAGUCAAAGGUCAUGAACCAGUCGAGGGUCAAGAUCCAAUCAAUGCCCAAAUUCCAGACAAAGUACAAGAUCCAAUCAAAGCCCAACCUGCAGUCCAAGGUCUACUCUUUCUCUCUAAGCGUGGCCGCUGCCCUUGGAUUCUUCUCCGUUGCCCGCUGGCCAAUCCCUCUAACAAGUGUUGGAGAGAUUAUGACUGUCCAGGGGUCAAGAAGUGCUGUGAAGGCUUUUGCGGGAAGGAUUGUUUGUAUCCCAAGUGAGGUGGAGUCUUGCUGCACCUACAAAGGCCUCAGGGAUGCCGGCCCCGGUGCCUGCGGCACCACCCUCGCCCCCACUCGCCUAGUCUUCCCCUCAUCCAGAUGCCCAAGCCUGGGCUGCCUCUCUCAUCGGCUUUCCAAUAAAAGCCUGCUUUCAGCU